AAUAAGUCUUCUAAAAAAAAAAAAAAUUAUAUUAAAAAAAAAUAUUUAAAUUUUUUUUUUUUGCCAAUAAGUAUAUAGUAAUAAAUUUUUUUUUUAAAGUUAAUUCUUUAAAAUCAAAUAAAAAAAAAAGAUUUUCUUAUACUCAUCACUAUAGCAAUAAAAUAAUAAAUCAUGGCUUACGAAUGGGGAAAUCGUGUUAAUUUUGUAGUUAAAUACAUGUAUGAUAUUGACAACAAUGGAUUCUUGGAUCAAAAAGAUUUUGAAUGCAUGGCAGUUCGUGCAUGUGUCAUUGAAGGUAAAGGUGACUGCAGUGCAUCCAGAUUAUCUCAAUAUCAACAUGUUAUGAGAAGCUUGUGGGAUGAAAUUUCAGAACUUGCCGAUUUCGAUAAGGAUGGCAAAAUCACAACUGAAGAAUUCAAGGAUGCUGUAAAACGUACUUGCAUGGGCAAAAAAUAUGAUGAAUUCCCUCAAGCAAUGAAAGCCUUUAUUGAAGCUACAUUCAAGAUGAUUGAUUUGAAUGGUGAUGGAGUUCUAAGCAACGAAGAAUUCCGCUACAAUUGCAUUACUCGUAUAGUAGUUGAUGAUGUUACUAGCAUAGAUGAAGCCUAUAAAAAUUUAUUAAAUGACGAUGACAGAAAAAAGGGUGGCUUAACCCUUGCCAGAUAUAAGGAGCUCUAUGCCCAGUAUUUAGGUAAUCCAGAAGAUAAACAUCAAGCCAUUUAUCUCUUUGGACCCUUAGAUGCUUAAAUUUUAAUAGUGUUUACAUACUUUUAUACUUUUUAUUUUGAAACUUCCUUAUUGAAUUUAUGCAAAUGAAUAUGAGUUUUUAAUUAUAAUAAAAAAAAAAAAGUAAAUCAUUCUUAUAUAAAAAAAAAAAUACUGUAUACAGCUUCCUUUUACAUUUUAAAUAUGUUCACAUGUAUGUAAUAAACUAAUAAAAUUAUAAAAUAGUUGAAAAAAAAAAAUAAAUAAAAUCUUUUAAAAAAUAAUUAUAAAUAUUGGUGAAAAUUACAUCGCUAAAAUAUAAUUAUGUAUGUAAAUAUAAAAAAAUUUUUAAAAAUACUGAUUGUAUUUAAAAAUUAUAUAAUAUGAAUAAAUAAAGCUAUUACAUGUAUAAA